AUGAGUGGCCCCCCAAGUAAGCAGGCUGUCGUCGAGUUUCGGACGUCGAAGAGUCGUCCCUCGAUGCAGACGUUACAAAGACCUAGCCUGAGAGCUGCGCCCAGCGAGAGCAAGAGGAGAUUGCUAUCGAAGAUCUCUGUUUUCGGCUUCCUCGGAAGUCGUAUGUUCUUCCAUAAACGCGGAGAUCGAUUAAAGGUCCCCAAAUAUCAAAACACCUAUCGUCUGGAACCGUUUCGCGCUUACCACGCAGACGACGUCGACAAAAUUGUGCAAAAUAUCAUGGAGAGGAAACUGAGUAUAGUCACGUCGUACGAUCCGCAACAAGCGGCUCAAUUAACCUCCGAAAUCGGAACUGACGUGCAAAAAGCGAUCAUCAGGAAGGAUUACGACAGGUACAAAAUAGUGACGCAGGUGGGUAUCGGGCAACGUCUCGAUCAAGGCAUUCACGCCAGCUUUCAGUGUCUCUGGGACGUGGAACGCGACAAUUAUUCCUACUAUGUUUUUGAAAACAACCACAUAUACGCGUGGUGCUGCGUAUUCGGUAUAUAUUACGAGUAA